ACUUGGACUCAGGUUUUGCAAUGGCCUUGCACCUUUCUCUCCUCGCCUUCAUCUUUCUCUCCCUUAUUGUCAUUGCCUUCCCUUUUUCUGAGGCUUUAAAUCGAAGCAGUUUCCCACCUGGUUUCAUCUUUGGAGCUGCAUCCUCAGCUUAUCAGUAUGAAGGGGCAGUGAGAGAAGGAGGCAGAGGCUUGAGCCAGUGGGAUGUCUUUGCUCACACACACCCAGAAAAUAUUUUGAACGGAAGCAACGCGGACGUUGCCAUUGACCAAUAUCACCGUUACAAGGAUGAUAUUAAACUGAUGAAAUAUAUUGGGCUCGAUUCAUAUCGAAUGUCAAUUGGUUGGCCUAGAAUUCUACCAAAGGGUUCCUUGAAAGGAGGUGUGAACAGGGAAGGGAUCGACCAUUACAACAAUGUCAUCAAUGAACUCCUAGCCAAUGGUAUUCAACCGUUUGUGACACUUUACCAUUGGGAUCUUCCCCAAGCUCUAGAGGAUGCCUACGGCGGAUUCUUGAGCCCCAACAUUGUCAAAGAUUACAUAGACUACAUCGACAUAUGCUUUAGAGAAUUUGGAGACAGAGUGAAACAUUGGAUUACUUUCAAUGAACCACAUAUCUAUUCGUUUGGAGGUUAUGCAGCCGGGAUUUUUGCGCCGGGGCGUUGCUCGUACCCUGAUGGGAACUGUACGGAAGGAAAUUCCGGUACUGAACCGUAUGUCGUUGGCCAUCACCUUCUCCUUUCACAUGCAUCAGCGGUGAAGUUGUACAAAGAGAAAUAUCAAGCCCACCAAAAGGGGGUGAUUGGCAUAACCCUCGAUACCAGUUGGAUGAUUCCUUACUCUUCUUCAAGAUCCAAUAAGGAUGCUGCACAAAGAGCCCUUGAUUUUGAGUUUGGAUGGUUUUGGGAUCCAAUUAACAUGGGUGAUUAUCCUUUGAGCAUGAGAGCUUUGGUUGGAGGAAGGUUGCCCAGAUUCACUAAUGAGCAGUCAAUGAUGUUGAAGGGAUCAUAUGAUUUCUUGGGGAUAAAUUACUACACUUCCAAUUAUGUGCUCAAUGCUCCCCGUAAGAGUAAUAUACUAAGCUACAACACUGACUCUCAAAGUAACCAAACGGCGGUGAGGAAUGGCAAAUUAAUUGGCCCUCAGGCGGCUGCCUCUUUUAUACAUGUAUAUCCAAAGGGACUCGAAAAACUUCUACUUUACAUUAAGAAGAGAUACAACAGUCCUGCCAUUUACAUCACAGAAAAUGGCACAGCUGAGCGUAACAAUGCGUCAAUUCCUCUUAAGGAGGCUCUUAACGACCAAAAGAGAAUAGAUUACUUAAGAGGCCAUACUUACUACCUUCAUCGGGCCAUCCAGCAAGGAGUGAGUGUGAAAGGCUACUUCCCUUGGACAUUAAUGGAUGAUUUCGAAUGGAACUCUGGUUUCACUCUUCGUUUUGGCCUCAUUUUCGUGGACUACAAGACUUUGAAUAGGUACCCCAAACGCUCUGCUUAUUGGUACAAGAACUUCCUCAAGGCCUAGAUCCACCAUUAAUGGAGCUCAAAUAAAUAAAAUGAUAUGCUGAUUCAAACACAAGUUAUUGACUUGGUGAAAUAGGAACUUCUAGUUCCAAUUUCUCUUGUUUUUCUCUCUCUUUUUUGGGCUUGUUUAUAUUCUGUCUCCUGUUCUUAAUCUCAAAUAUAAAUUAAUGUCUUGUGAAGGA